AUGGCAGAGAAGGAAGGAGGUGUUGUGAAGAAAGGCCAUGAAGAGGGAAUGGAAAUGGCCAUUGCUCUUCUCCAAGAGUUUGGCCUCCCAUUGGGACUUCUCCCUCUUGAGGAUGUUAUCGAGGUCGGUUUCGUAAGGGAUACGGGCCACAUGUGGAUUGUGCAAAAGAAGAAGGUUGAACAUAACUUCAAGAUGAUCAAGAAAUUGGUCAGCUACGACACUCAAAUUACAGGUUUCAUCGACAAGAACAAGAUCAAGAAGCUCAAGGGAGUCAAGGCUAAGGAACUCAUGUUGUGGCCCCCAGUGAAUGAGAUCAUAGUCGAUGACCCACCUACUGGAAAAAUCCACUUCAAGAGCCUUGCUGGUGUCACCAAGACGUUUCCCAUCGAUGCAUUUGCUGCUGGGCAGUAA